UGAAUGCUUUUCUUCUUCCUUUGAUCAUCAUCUUUGCUCUCCCACUGAAGCUUCUGCUUUGCUUCAGUUUAAGCAAUCCUUUCAAAUAUCUGAUUACUAUGAUUUUCUGUGUGAUACUUCUUUCCCAAAAACAAAGUCUUGGAAUGAGAGUAGGGAUUGCUGCAGUUGGGAUGGAGUCACUUGUGACUUAUUAAACGGUCAUGUUAUCGGGUUAGACCUUAGUUGCAGUCAGCUUCGUGGAAGUAUUCAUCCCAAUAGUAGCCUCUUCCAACUUCAUCAUCUCCAGACACUAAACCUUGAUAACAAUUACUUUAAUCCUUCUUCGAUCCCACAUACCAUUGGCCGAUUGAGGAAUUUGAGGCAUCUAAAACUCUCUGGCUUUGAUGGGAAAAUCCCAACAGAAAUCUCAUACCUUUCCAAUUUGGUUUCACUUGAUCUUUCUUAUAGUUAUGAUUUACAACUUGAUGAGAGAACAUUUGAAACAAUGCUUCACAACUUUACAAAUCUGGAGUUACUAGCUCUCCCUCUUGGCGACACCUCAUCACAUAUACCUGUAAGUAUUCAUCCCAAUAGCAGCCUCUUCCAGCUUAAUCAUCUCCACACACUAAACCUUGUUAACAAUUACUUUUAUCCUUCUUCUUCGAUCCCCCAUAACAUUGGCCGAUUGAGGAAUUUGAGGCAUCUAGUACUCUCUGGCUUUGAUGGGAAAAUCCCAACAGAAAUCUCAUACCUUUCCAAUUUGGUUUCACUUGAUCUUUCUUAUAGUUAUGAUUUACAACUUGAUGAGAGAACAUUUGAAACAAUGCUUCACAACUUUACAAAUCUGGAGUUACUAGCUCUCCCUCUUGGCGACAUGUCAUCACCGAUACCUGUAAGUAUUCAUCCCAAUAGCAGCCUCUUCCAACUUCAUCAUCUCCAGACACUAAACCUUGAUAACAAUUACUUUAAUCCUUCUUCGAUCCCACAUACCAUUGGCCGAUUGAGGAAUUUGAGGCAUCUAAAACUCUCUGGCUUUGAUGGGAAAAUCCCAACAGAAAUCUCAUACCUUUCCAAUUUGGUUUCACUUCAUCUUUUUGGUAAUGGAUUACAACAUGAUGAGAGAGCAUUUGAAGCAAUGUUUCAGAACUUGACAAAUCUGGAGGUACUUUCUCUCUUUGAUGUCAACAUCUCAUCUCCGAUACCUGUGAAUAUUUCUUCUUCCUUAACGGAGUUGGAUAUAUCAUACACAGGCAUCUCUGGUUCCAUUCCUGAUUCAAUUGGCACCUUGAAAUCCUUGAAUAUCUUGAGCCUCCAACAAUGUCAAUUCUCUGGUUCCAUUCCUGAUUCCAUAGGCAACCUAACACAAAUUAUGAGGUUGGAUUUAUCUUAUAAUCAUUUCACUGGCCAUAUUCCUUCCACAAUCUCUAACCUCCAAGAGCUACGUUAUUUAUAUCUUUCUCACAACUCCUUUUCAGGUGAAAUUCCUGAUGUUUUCUCUAACCUCCAAGAGCUACAUAUCUUAUAUCUUGACCAUAACAACUUCAUUGGUCCAUUUCCCGCUUCAAUUUUAAACUUGACACGUCUUGAAUACUUAGACAUGUCGAGUAAUUCCUUAUCUGGCCCACUGCCUAGCAACCCAAGCAUGCUCCAAAAUCUAACUUAUGUGGAUUUGUCUUACAACUCACUGAAUGGUACCAUACCAUCUUGGGUGUUUAGCCUACCUUUGCUACCUUCACUGUCGCUCCAACAUAACCGAUUCAGAGGACUAGCCGAUGAAGUGAUCAAAACAAACCCAACAUUAAAAGAACUGCAUUUAAGCAAUAAUCAACUCAGUGGUUCUUUUCCUCAAUCACUUGUGAAUCUCACAAACCUUGAAACCCUUGGAAUUUCAUCAAAUAACAUCACCAUUGAUGAGGGAAUGAAUAUCACCUUUCUUAGCCUAUCAUCUUUAUUCUUAUCAUCUUGUCAACUGAAGGAUUUUCCACACUUCUUAAGAAAUGUAAAGACACUUGUGUACUUGGAUAUUUCUAACAAUAAGAUUCAUGGUCAAAUCCCUAACUGGUUUAGCGGCAUGAGGUGGGACUCGUUGCAGUUCCUAAACCUUUCUCAUAAUUCAUUAACAGGCCACCUACCACAAUUUCAUUACUAUAACCUACAGUAUCUUGAUCUGAAAUUUAACUCCCUUCAGGGUCCACUACCUCCAUCCAUUUGUGACAUGAGUUCACUUAUCUUAUUAGAUUUGUCACGCAACAACUUCAGUAACGCGAUUCCAAGUUGCUUGGGAAGCAUUGCUAAUCUAACGGUGUUGGACUUAAGAAGGAACAAUUUCACAGGGAGUCUUCCCCCAUUAUGUGCACACAACACAUCAUUGAGUACCAUUGUCGUAAAUGGUAAUCGAUUUGAAGGACCUGUUCCUGUGUCGUUGCUCAAGUGUGAUAGUCUAGAAGUCCUUGAUGUGGGGAACAAUGCUAUAAAUGACGCGUUUCCAGCUUGGCUCGGAACUCUUCAAGAGUUGCAGGUCCUUAUAUUAAAGUCGAACAAGUUCCAUGGACCUAUAAGUACGUGUCAGACUAAGUUUUGCUUUCCCAAGUUGCGAAUUUUUGAUCUUUCUCGUAAUGAUUUCAGUGGCUCACUUCCUGCAAAAGUUUUUGGAAACUUCAAGGCAAUGAUCAAAUUAGAUGACGAAGACACAAGAGAGAUCAGGUACAUGAAAUCUAUGUCGAAUUUGCCAUUUGUCACAUCGUAUGAGGAUUCAGUGAGUUUGGUAAUCAAAGGGCAGGAUAUUGAGCUAGAAAGAAUCAGCACAAUUACGACAACCAUAGAUCUCUCAAGAAACCAUUUUGAAGGUGUCAUUCCGAAAACACUAAAGGAUCUCAGCUCACUUUGGCUACUCAAUUUAUCCCAUAACAAUCUCAUAGGUCAUAUUCCAAUGGAAUUGGGGCAAUUGAAUACGCUUGAAGCUUUAGAUCUCUCCUGGAAUCGGCUCACUGGAAAGAUUCCACAGGAAUUGACAAGAAUGAACUUUCUGGCUUUCUUAAACCUCUCUCAAAACCAUCUAGUCGGAUCAAUUCCUCAAGGUCAACAAUUCAACACAUUUGCAAAUGACUCGUAUGGUGACAACCUUGAUUUAUGCGGUCCUCCUUUAUCAAAGCAAUGUGAAACGAGUGAUUCAUCACAUGUUCCUCAAUCAUUGGAGUCUGAAGAAGAAGGCGAGACAUAUUUUUUUAGUGGAUUUACUUGGGAAUCAGUAGUGAUAGGCUACAGUUUUGGACUAGUUGUUGGAACUGUCAUGUGGAGUCUCAUGUUUAAAUAUCGUAAGCCAAAAUGGUUUGUGGAAUUUUUUGAUGGACUCAUGCCUCACAAAAGAAGAAGGCAAAAGAAGAGAGCUCAGAGACGAAGGACUUAA